AAAAUACGAAUGAGUUAUACAGUAAAUAAUAAACGUAUGAAGCUGAAACUGGCUCUUUCUAAAAUAGUUUUUUGCUAUAGCAACAUUUUAUUCAAACGUCAAAUGUCUGGUCAUCUGUCUAGCUAGUCUAUGGUUUAGUAGUGUUUUGAAACAAGGCGAAGUGGGCGAAUUUCUCAAUUACUUUCUAUUUCUUUUCGUUGUACAGCUGUCGCAUUAAACAAGUUUAUCGCGUUAUGUUUUAAUUAACACAGAAAUGCAAGAUGCAUUUCUCCAUACCUGACAUAAAGCAGUUUCACGACGACAAUGGAUUGUCUUACACGGGCUACAACAUAUACAUUGAUGGGUUCUUCCACUGCACGGCUCGCUACAAGCAGCUGCUCAGUCUGCACGAGCAGCUGCAGGCCAGCAGCGGCUACGUGCGCCUGCCUCCAUUCCCGCCAAAGAAAUUAUUUUUAACAGGCUCCCAGAUUGAGGAGCGCAGAGUGUUACUUGAAAAGUACAUUCAACAAGUUGGCCAAAAUCCCACACUAGCUAGAUCUGACCAGCUCAUAGCAUUCCUGUUCUCGGCACAACAAGAGACCCAUGGGGUCCGAAUGCAUGAGGUAGACAUUGAAAUCUCACUCAUGAAUGGAUACCGAAUACCACUGUCCGUGUCCUCAACGGAUUCAUCAGGGGCCCUGUUAGAUAUAGCUUGUAAUUACAUUAACUUACCAAAAGAACUGACAAAAUACUUUUCCCUAUUCUUAUUUAAUUGGAGCUGUGCUAAAGACGGGCAGCCGUCAAUAAAGAAACUCGAAGAAUAUGAAUCUCCAUACAUAUCACAGAAAUAUGUGAGGCCAGAAGACAAAAUUGUUUUAAGAAAGAGUUACUGGGAUCCCUGCUAUGACGUUGACCUGAUGAUAGACCGGGUGUCCCUGGACCUCCUCUACUUGCAAGUGAUUGAAGAGAUCGACCUUGGAUGGAUCAUUGCCGAACCCGACACCCGAGAGAUUCUAGCAGGAUAUGAGGCUAAUAAACAGAAAAGAGAGUACAUCGAGCUAGCGCGAACACUCCGCCACUACGGGCGCAUCCCGGGCGGCUCUGCUCUCACCGACCCUAUCCACGUGGGUCUAGCCGCGGGGGCGCCGUGCCGCGUGCUCGUGUCGCUCGGAGCCAAGGAGCUGACCCUGGCCGCGCCGGCUGGGAGGGAGCAGCGGUUCAAGGUCACCCGGAUGAAGGGGUGGAGAAUUACAACGUUGCAUAGUGUGGACAAGCCCCCCACCAACGGCUCGGCGGCCCUGCUCGAGGACGCGGGGCGCCACUACGAGCUGUCCUUCGAGUAUCUGGUGGGCCGCGAGCGCCUGCAGUGGAUCACGCUCCGGACCGAACACGCCACGUUUAUCAGUGUUUGUUUGCAGUCAAUAGUAGAGGAGCUGAUGCGGCAGAAGGGCGGGCUGGGCCCGGCGGCGGCGGCGGGCGGGGUCCAUCGAGGCAGCCUCACGUACGUGCGUCGCGACGGCUCCAGCCACCUCGUCACGCCGUCUUCGUCUAGUGACACGCUUAGCUCUGUGAACGGCGACUCGCUAACAUCAGGCAGUUCGCGCGAGAUAUUCUCCGUUCAGCGGCUGACGGAGAAGUUCGCGUCAGUCGCGUUCAAGCCGGGCCGGGACUGCGUCGAGAACAACGCCUUCGAGGCCAUCGGCGACGAGGAACUGUAGGCGUAUGAGUGUGAACUGUGCGGAUAAAGGAAAAUGCCGAGUUGCAGAAAGAACUUUAAGGCUCCGAAUACGAAACUUGCGACGGGCGGAGCGACGGAGGCGCGACGGCGAUGUACCUAAUCAAAUGCAUUAAAACAUAGCGUUAUGUACGAAACGGGCGAUCGCGAAGCGGCGCGAUCGAACUCCGCACCGCCCCGCCCCGCCCGCCGUCGCUCCGCCCGUCGCUAGUUUCGUACCCGCAGACUAUGUCGAUAUUAAAUCUAUGUCGGUCUCUUUCUGUCCGUAUACCUACUGUCAAAGCAAGGCAGCAAUACAUUUUUUAAGGUCGACAUAAGCAUAAAGUUCCUUUCUACAACUCAGCGAUAGUCUGAAAAUGUUGGCCGGUACACUCCACAUUCGAGGGGUUAAAGUAGAAACAGGUUAGAUUAUAUAUGUACAAGAGCGAGAUAUGGCCGUCCGCCAUUUUCAGAUUGUUCCUUUAUCCGCACCGCUUAUAUUGGUUGCUUACGUUCAUUAAUUUACUGUAAGGAAACAGUAAACAUAUCGGAUGGAUAAGAGAGAAUACCCAUUUUUACGUAGUAAAUUUUCUCCCAAUGUGCAAAAAAUGCAGCGCACUAUAUAUUAUUAUAAAUAUUUGUACUUAUUAUAUUUUAUCCGUGAUUAAAUCUUGUUUAUGUUUAUGAUUGACUAAUAGAAGGUUAUUUUGAAACAUAAGGAAAUUCCAUAUCUAAUGUAAGCCAGCACUAUAGUGAAGUUUAUUAUUACCCAAAGAAAUCUAUUGCCGUGAUUGUAAAAAUGAAAUUACCAAACAUACAUGUACAGCUAGACAGAAUAUGAUUGUGUAUAUUAGAUAGGCAGCGGUUAUAGCUAGUGGUAUUACGUAGUAGGUAUCAGUAUGCAUAUUUAGAAGUAAGCAAUAUUAAUGUUUAGUCCAUAUUGAAAUUUGUAAGUAAUAAUAAUAAGUAAGAAAAUUUACAAACACUUCCUAUAAUUCAGCUAAAUGUGACAAUCUCGCGUCCAUACUACCUAUUUAACUUCUAAUGCACGAACGUUUUCUAGCGAGUUAACUAUACAUCUACAAUGUUCAUGAUUAAUCCACACCAGGAUAAAUCUCACUCACGUAAAACCUGUAUGUUAUUAAGUGUAUAGAAAACUAUUAAUUGAAAUUAUUGACAAUGAGUUUUAGAGCCCUCAUCUAGCUAGAGGUAUAGCGGCCAGACAAUAAGCCAUGUACAUUGUACAAUACACCGAUUCAAGUCAAUCUACUUGCCAUAUUAUAUACAAUAUUCGAUAUUUAUCAUGUAUUCUAAUCUUACAAAAUCUAAGACUUCUUUAUGUGUCAACUAUGUUUUAAAUAAUAGCAAUAAGGGUGGCAUCAGCUCGUAUAAUACAAAGUGGCUGAUAAAACUAAAGUUUUAAGGGAAAGCUAAUCAUCGAAUAUUUACUAGUCAAGUAAAUGUCUCUUAUUUUGUAAAUUGUCGCGGUGAUCAGGGAGCUUCUAGUGUAGUUAUAAAGCUGUUACUUUUGUAUGGAAUAUGAUUUUAAAUGAUUUAUCUGUGUUAUAAUUAUAACGUCUUGCAGCUAUUAUUUUAAAUUGGUGUAUGUGUAGUUUAAGUGUAGGUACUUUCUAACUAUGUCUAUUGAUAUUAUUCAGUUUUAAAUAAUCUUUUUUACAUACCUUUAACGAUUACCUAGAUACGUACUAAGUACUAUACUAUCAGAUUUUAUCAUGGUAAAUGUUCCGAAUCGGCUGAAGAUUUUAAUUCAAAAAUCACAUCAUAUGGGCUGUUCCACAAGCAUCUUAGACACUUGAUAAUGUUAAGUGGAAUGGCGCUUCAUACGCCUCGGGUAAAUUUAGAAGAUAAUUCAUAUUUAUCAUCCUUCCAUUUAUGGACCAAAUCCCCCAACCAAUUACUCUGACUAUACUUCCAAAGAAUAUCAUAUCAUUUUUCAAUAAGGCAUUGUUUUCAUUCAAUCAUUGGAUAUGAAUCAACAUUUAUUUUAUAAUUAAUUUUGUAUGGGACCAUGUUAUUAUAUUUAUCAGAAUAUUCUGUUAUAUUUUUGUAGUCAUUAUUUUUCUUUCAAAUUAUGUACUUAUCUUACUUGUUAUUAACUGACUGUGUGAGGUGACGAAACCAGGAAAUUGUAAAGUUUUCGGAUAUUACAUUACAUACAUAUACUGCAUAAGCCCCAAUCAAUGUAAAAUACCCCUUAGUACUAUGACACCUGUAUUUAAUUUGUAUUUACGUUUUUUACCUUUGUAACAUAAUAUUUCCAUUGGAAUAACCAACUAAAUAAAUAAACAUUACAAGCCA